ACGGCAUGAUGGCGCGCGAGCGGUGUAGCUUGCUAAGGCGAUGGUGGGCUCUCGUUUUGUUGAUGGGCAUGGCCUGUUCCUCGGCAAGACGGUCGAGUCACGUGUUGUCCCAGAACAGCCCUUCCAUGAGACGCAUCAUGAGCGAGUGGAAGCAGGUCCAAGCGGACGGGCUGGCCAUGGGGCAGGGCCAUUGGAGUUCCAAAGGAAACUCAAGCGAAACGUUUCGAUUAAAGCCGGUGGGGAACAUGUUCGAGUGGCAUUUCACCUUCCUGGGCGCGAAGGACUCACCGUUCGAAGGCGGACUCUACCAUGGGAGCAUCUCCCUGCCCGAGAACUAUCCGCAGUCUGGCCCGUCCGUCCGGCUGCUCAACACCAACAUGCGUUUCAAGGUCGGCUCGCGAAUAUGUCUCUCAGCCAGCGAGUACCACCAAGAGACCUGGCAGCCUUCCUGGACAGUAGCAUCACUGGUGUCGGCGCUGGUGGCCCACAUGACAGAGGCCGCGGUCGAGAUCGGCGCCGUCAGGGGCGCGACGCCGUCCCAGAAGCGAAAGGCGGCCGUCAAGUCACGCAGCUUUGUGUGCGCCGCCUGCGGGUGCUGCCACGAUGCGUUCCCAGAGGACAGGUUUCCGAUACCAAAGGGUUUCGAUAAGGGGAAGAAGGCGGGUGCGGGGGCUGAUGGGUCGGCGGGGGCUCGGCGAGAGGCACGGGUGGCGGUGGGAGUGGGGGAGGCGCCGGCAGCGGCGACUAGGGGAGGCUUGACGGGGCGGAGUAGGUUGUCGUGGACGGUGCGGCUGAUGACCAGCAAGCCGUUCUUGCUCGCCUUGACCUUGAUUAUUGCCAGCGUCUUCCUGAAUCAGCCUAGACAUAGCUGAUCCAUGCUUACUCGAUAUCGUGUUGACGUCCAACUAUAUGCUGGUGAAGGUGUAGACUAUGAGCUAUUCUGACAAGUCAUGGGCCAUGGCCCCGUUGUAGCCCACCCAAGCUCACAUCCCGCUGAACGGGGGAGGGGUUGCUCAGCUUUGCCGCCUUGAGCACCUACCUCAAGGGUCGGCACAAGAUGUGUGCUGCACCCUCCAGUACCACCUACAUCUUACAAUGUAGACUGCACGAACCCCGUAGAGAUAGACGACUACCCCAGUAUUUUGUCGAUGGUUUGCUGGUGCUUCUGUGGCACAAGACGUCGAUCGUGCACAAGAAUGACCCUGCAGAUGUCACGGAGAUC